GAUUUCUUCGAAGUCAGCGAUGUGCAGUGCACCGAUGCCCCGGAUCCCUGGGAAGUGGGGCCCAACCAUUGGACCUUUGUUCCACUGCAGUUCAAUCAGAGCAAGGCCGAGCGAUCUGCGUGGGUUAGGGCCGACACCACCACGACGAACAUCGCAGACGAGAUGGGGGAGACCUUGCUGGGUGCUAACGAGGAUGACAUAUACAUCGAGGACGAUCGAUUGAUCAGUUUGCAUCUCCAGCACGGAGUGGACCAAAUGUCCAAGGUCUUGAAAGACACCUGGAACUGCGUGAAGUUGGCCUCGGCUUUCCUGGACGGCUCCUCGCCGGAUGAGCUUUGCUUGGCCUUUGAGGGCACCCACUCCCCUGAGGCCGUCAUCGCGAAGGAGAAGGACGGGGGGUUUGCCCAAAACUUCAACCUCAUGUUGCGCCCCUUGACAUGGGUGCUGUCUUUCCUCUGGAUCCUCGGGACGGUGAUCUUCUUCUUGGUACACGCGGGCACCUUCGUCUGUGCCUGCUUCUUCUCGGGCUGCACUAUGGGGACAGCAUGGAUCUUCUAUCGCCCUGCCUACGGUCUUUUGGUUUUAUGUGGGCCUCUGCUGGUACUAUAUCUGUCGUACAUGCGGGCGACUGCGCAGCCUUUUUGA